AUGAGUGACUCCAAGUACUUCACUACCACUAAAAAAGGUGAAAUUUUUGAGCUUAAAAGCGAACUGAGUAGCGACAAGAAGGAGAAAAAACGGGAAGCUGUGAAAAAGGUGAUCGCUAGUAUGACUGUUGGAAAGGACGUCAGCGCUCUCUUUCCUGAUGUAGUCAACUGUAUGCAGACUGACAAUUUGGAGUUGAAGAAGUUGGUCUACUUAUACUUGAUGAACUAUGCCAAAACUCAACCCGAUUUAGCGAUCAUGGCCGUGAACACGUUCGUCAAGGUAAACUACUCGAUCACUUUGUAUUAUGCUUUUUGUUGCAUAUUAACUACGUUUAUACAUUUUUUCCUUAUCAGAGGCUCUCAUUUUUUGUUAUCCCUGCUACAUGUUGACGGAAAGAGUGCGAUUGCGAACGAACAGCAUGGCGAUGUAAAAUACGCGGCUGAUGAGCAACUCCUUGUGAAGGUUAAGAUAUGUCGGUGGCUGUGA